GCCAUUACCGAAUCACAGUCUCCAUACUGCUCCUCUGUCUACUGGGUCAGACUCGGUGCAAAAAAAAAACGGACCGAGAGUCAGUGUUUCUGUGGCCGGCUGAGAGGCGUGUUUGUCGGGAUUGAGCGCCAGCGCAUCCCCGCCUCUGUCACACUGCGCGCGGUGACGGACUCCGCCGUUAUACGCCCCCUGGCGAGAUGUCUUCCUCGGACGAGGAGAGCCUGAGCGAACGUUCGUGUGUGAGCGAGCGUUCGUUCCGCAGCGAGAGGUCUGGGGGCUCUCUCUCGCCCUGCGCCCACAGCACAGCCGGGCCCAAAGGGGACACUCUGCCCUGGAACCUAUCCAAACAUGAGAGACGCAAGCGCAAGAGCCAGGACUCAGUGCUGGACCCCGCAGAGAGGGCAGUCGUGCGAGUCGCAGAUGAACGGGACAGGGUGCAGAAGAAAACUUUCACAAAAUGGGUCAACAAACAUCUCAUAAAGGUGCGGAAGCACAUCACAGACCUGUAUGAGGAUCUAAGAGAUGGGCAUAACCUCAUUUCCCUGCUUGAGGUGCUGUCUGGCGUCACAUUGCACAAGGGGGCAUCAACUCUGCGGAGAACGUCUGUGUGCUCACCCCCACUCAUCCUGCUGGGUGUGGAGGAUGAGGAGGAUGGAGCUCAGGGACCCAGGGAAAAGGGUCGCAUGCGAUUUCACCGACUCCAGAAUGUGCAGAUCGCCUUGGACUUCCUUAAGCAGAGACAGGUCAAAUUAGUGAAUAUACGCAAUGAUGACAUCACAGAUGGGAACCCGAAGCUGACACUGGGACUGAUCUGGACCAUCAUCCUUCACUUCCAGAUUUCUGAGAUCUAUGUGAGCGGUGAGUCAGGGGACCUUACCGCGAAAGAGAAGCUGCUACUAUGGAGUCAGCAGGCCACAGAGGGCUAUCGUGGUCUCCGUUGUGCCAAUUUCUCCUCCAGCUGGAGCGAUGGACGCUUGUUCAAUGCUCUUCUGCACAGAUACAGGCCGGACCUGAUUGACAUGGAAGUGGUUGCGCAACAGAGUAACCGUGAGAACCUGGAACAGGCCUUUGAGAUUGCAGAGUCGUUAGGGGUAACACGACUUCUAGAUGCUGAAGAUGUUGAUGUGCCGUUGCCAGAUGAGAAAUCUGUUAUCACGUAUGUCUCCUCCAUCUACGAUGCUUUCCCCAAGAUCCCAGAGGGUGGAGAAGGCAUUGCAGCUAACGAUGUUGACCAGCGAUGGACUGAAUACCAAUCUGGCUUCUCUUCUCUGCUGCAGUGGACCAGACAACAUACAGCCCUCAUGACCAACAGGAGCUUCCCCCACAAUCCUGUGGAACUCAAGGCACUUUACAAUGAAUAUGUCCACUUCAAAGAAACCGAGAUCCCUGCAAAAGAAAGAGAGAAGAGCCACAUUGAGCACCUUUACAAGCUUCUGGAGGCGUGGAUAGAGUUCGGGCGCAUUAAGCUGCCUCCAGGGCUACACCCUAAUGAUCUGGAGGAGGAAUGGGGAAAACUGAUCCUGGAGAUGUUGGAGAGAGAGAAAGCGCUGAGGCCUGCUGUGGAGAGGUUGGAGAUACUCCUACAGAAGGCCAAUAAGAUCCAGAACAUGGCUCUAGAUUGUGAGGAGAAACUCACAUUGGCGAAGAACACUUUGCAGGCUGACAUGUCUCAGCUAGAGAGUGGGCAGCCCGUUCGCUGUGAGAAUGAAUUGGGGAUGUAUCUGCAGGACUGUGAGGCUUUAGUCAGACAGCUUCACCUUGACCUGCAGGCCCUCAGAGAUGAGAAGUACUACCAAGUGGAGCAGCUGGCAUUCAGGGUGUCAUGUUUGCAGGAGGAGCUGGUCUCUUUGCGCCUGCAGUGUGCCAGUGUGUACAGGAAGGGUCAUUUCGCCACAGGGGGUCUGCUGGGAGAGCACGCGGGUCAGAAGGGUUCUUCAGGGCGUCUGGCUACACUGGGAGCACAAACGCUUCUGGGAGCAGUGGGAGCUGUAGCAUCCCUGCUCAGACGGCCGAUGACUCGUGCAGACCUGGUAGCCAUGUCUUCCUCUGAGGAUGAAGGCAGUCUGCGCUUCAUCUACGAGCUGUUGGGGUGGGUGGAUGAGACGCAGGACCUGCUGGAGCGAGCUGAGUGGGGUUCUGAUCUACCCUCUGUAGAUCAGCAUCUGCAAGACCAUCACAUCAUUCACACGGCAGUGGAAGAUCUUCUGAAUAGCCUCAAAGAGGCUCGAAACUAUGAGUCAAGGGUCUCGCCUAAUUUAAGUAGCAGUUACUCUGAGACUCUAUCCAAGCUGGAGAACCAGUAUUGCAAACUGCUGGAACAUUCGUCAUGGCGACUGCGUUGCCUAGAGAGCCUUCGAGCUUUUGUGUCCCACUGCACUGAGGAGCUGAUCUGGCUCAAUGAGAGGGAGGAGGAAGAGCUGGCCUUCGACUGGAGCCACAGCAACACCAACAUGGCUGCCAAAAGAGAGCAAUAUUCUGACAUGAGGUCAGCGCUGGAGGAAAAACAGGAAGUGAUGCACUCUCUCCAGGAGACAGCUGACCACAUGUGUCAAGAGAACCACCCAGCCAAACAAACAGUAGAGGCCUACAGUGCUGCCCUGCAGACCCAGUGGCAGUGGAUCAAAGAGCUCUGCAUAUGUGUGGAGCAGCAUCUCAAGGACAACACUACCUACUUCCAGUUUAUGAGUGAUGCACGGGACUGUGAAAGCUAUCUACGUCAGUUACAAGACACCAUUAAGAGACAGUACACCUGUGAUAAAAACAGCAGACUAGGCAGAUUGGAAGACCUGCUGCAGGACUCCAUGGAGGAGAAAGAACAGUUGAUUGAAUACCGCAGCACAGUGGCCAGUCUUGUAGGUCGAGCCAAGUCUGUAGUCCAGCUCCGUCCACGCAGUGCAGAUAGUAACCUGAACACCACCGCACCCAUUCGUGCCAUCUGUGACUACCGACAAAUAGAGGCCAACUCUCAGAUCACGAUCAGCAAGGGAGAGGAGUGUGUAUUGGAGGAUAACUCUCAGCGGACUAAGUGGAAGGUCAUCAGUCCCACAGGAAAUGAGGCCAUGGUGCCAUCUGUGUGUUUCACCAUUCCGCCCCCUAAUCAGGAAGCCAUCGACACUGCCAGCAGAAUGGAGCAGAUGUACCAGAAUGUCAUGUCUCUGUGGCACCAGCAGCAUGUCAACAUGAAGAGCGUGGUCUCCUGGCACUACCUGCAGAAAGACAUACGAAAUAUUUCCUCCUGGAGUCUGGACACAAUGCGCUUGCAGGCUCCAGAAGAGAGACAGCAGGCUUUAGACAACCUCGACGCCCACUUGUCCGACUUCCUUACGGACAGUCACGAGAGCUCCCUUUUCACGCCAACUGAGCGCUGUGAGCUGGAGAGAGAAACUGAGAGCUGCCGUGAACGUUGCCAAACACUGCAGGUCUCUUUGGAGACAGUGGAAAAGGAUGAGUUGGCCUCUCGUGCUUACCUCUCAGAGCUGAAGAGCAUCAGGUCCCAUCUGGAGGACGCAGAGAGCAGACUGAUGCGUGGCCUACAGACUCCACACCCCAGCACAAUAUCAGGAGACGUCGCAGACAAUGCAGUUCACAUAGCAGAGCAAGAGAAACUUCAGCAGGAUCUGAAAGGACUUCAGUCAGAUUUGGGUGAGGUGUCUCGUCGCUGUGUGAACUUCUUUGAGGAGAAGCCUUCCUCUUCUAAUGUGCCUGUCCUACGCUCUGAGCUCAACCUGGCCGUUGAGCACGUAGAGAAACUCAACUCCCUCUCCUCUGUUUAUCUGCAAAAGUUGAAGACGGUUGAUGUGUUGACGAGAAGCCUGGAGGUUGCAGAAAGUCAGGUGAGAAAGUAUGAGAGUCGACUGAGUGAAGAGGAUAUGGUGCCAGCUGAUACUGCUGCAAUCCAGGCCUUGAGAGAGCAAUUAAAGAAAUGGCAUUCAGAGCUGGAGGAGCAGGAUCACAUAUUCAAGAGUCUGAGUUUAGAGGUCCAGCAGGCUAGAGAGGUCAGAAACCAGCUCAUCAAACUGCACCCUGACCGCAGUCCUGAACUGGACCGCUACCAGGAGAAAGCACAACAGCUUACAGAGAGGUGGAGCGGAGUGAGCAGGCAAAUGGAGACACGGCAAGCAGAUCUGGAGAUGCUGGGUUCGGUGCUGCAGCAGUACAGAGAAGGCCACAGCUCUCUUAUCCACUGGAUAGAGGACACCACCAAAAAACAGGAGAACACGCAACCUGAGCAGACGGACAGCAGAGCUUUGUCAGAACAGCUUGCACAGCAAACAGCCUUGGUGGCUGAGAUAGAACAGAACCAGGUCAAACUGGAUGAAUGCCAGACGUACUCUAAACAGUACUGCGCUGCUGUUAAGGACUAUGAACUCCAGCUCAUGACGUUCAGAGCUUUUGUUGAAUCAACCCAGAAGUCCCCCGUGAAAAGGAGGAGGAUGCACUCUUCAUCAGAUGUCAUCACACAGGAGUUUAUGGAUUUACGCACACGCUACACAGCUCUGGUCACCUUGACAACACAACAUGUCAAGUAUAUAAGUGAUGCACUACGGCGGCUAGAGGAGGAAGAGAAAGAGGUGGAAGAGGAGAGGCAGGCGCGAGUGGGGCAGGUCUCAGAGCUGCUCGGCUGGGUCAAGGGCCUACAGGAGCGCGCUGGCAGAUCUGCCGAACCAUCACUUGCUGCACAGCAGGCUAUUAGUGAGCAGUUAGCAGCUAAAAAAGAAGAAGUUGCUGAAGCUAUCAGGAGCACCCAAGUUUUCCUGAUGUCAAAACGGGCCAGCAAGCUGUCUCCUGAAGAGCGCGUACAGGUGGUCUCCCAGCUGGAUGAGCUGACGGCCACCUACAAUCAGCUGUGUGACAGUUCUGCCGCACAGUUACAACAACUAGAGGAGCAGCACGCAAAAGAGAAGAAGCUCAAGGUUGUGCAGCAGCAGAAGGCAGAAUGCAGUCAAAAACUGGAGAAUCUCACAAUGGGGUUGGCUAGUGUUGCCAGCCUCUUGGCCAAUCAGAGAGUUGGAACUGAGUCAGAUGAUGUGAACAAGUUACAGGAGAAGCAAAGAGAGCUUAAGGAGGUGGAGAAGGACCUUCAGACCAAAAGUGACUUGUUGACUAAGACUAUCCACUCAGUGGAGGAGUUCCUAUCUGAGCACGGUGACAGUUUGAGUCCUGAAGAGAGGCUCGAACUACAGGGGACUCUUUCACAAUUGAAAGAGCAACACUGCUCACUUACAAACUCAGUCCGCUCUUCACUAGCGAAAGUAGACACUGCCAUUGUCACAACACUGCAACAGAACACACAAAGAGCUAAAGCAGAGGAGCAGAUGCAGGAGACACAGGAAAAAAUCGACACACUUCUCCGAGAACUCUCAUCACUAGAUGACUCAAAGAGGAGGUCACUUGGCAUCACUGUCCCUGACACCCCAUCAUCCGUACCCCCGGAGGAUGCUCUAAGUUCUCACAGUGACAUGCUUCAGACUGAGCUGCAGCAGUUAAAAACUCAACAAGCUCACCUUCAGCAGGUGGCCCAGUCUGUCCACUCUCUCCUGGAACAACCCGACUCCAGUGUGCCAGCAGAGGAGAAACAGCGCUUACGGGCAAAACUCGAACAACUACAGAGUCAGCAUCAGGAGCGCCUUCAGAGCUGUCAGGACCGGCUCAGGCGGGCAGAAGCCCUCAGAGAGGAGUUUGCCAAGUUUGUGCAGGAGCAUGGGAGCCUAGGCACAUGGCUGGAUCAGAGUCAACAAGAGCUGCAUUCACUAGGUGAAGGGGAAACUGAUGCAAAGGGCCUAAAAGAUAGGAUUGAGGAGCACAAAAAGCUUGCAGAAGAUGUCAUCUGCCACAAAGCAGAUCUGCGCUUUGUGACGAUCUCUGGCCAGAAGGUUCUGGAUUCUAUCCAGGGGGUCUUGGAGAAGGUGGGCAGUGUGGAUCCAGCUCUGGAGGAAACCAGACAUCUAGUGAGUGGCAAGCUCCAAGAUGCCACACAGCGCUACGGUUCGUUACACAGCAAGUCCUCGGAGCUUGGCACCCGUCUCUCAGGGCUCCUGGAGCGAUACCAGCACUACCAAGAUGAGGCUGCUUCUCUAGUGUCCUGGCUGAGCACUCAGGAGCAAAAUCAGAGUGUAUUUAAACCCAGCGGUGAAACAACGGACACUCAGACAUUGCAGCAUACGCUCAGUACUGUACAGCUGUUGCAGGAUGAGUUGGCAGAGCGUUCAGUACAGCUUGAGAAGGUCAAGAGGGCAGGAAAAGAGCUGGUCAGCACUCAAGAGUCCCCAACUCUCAAAAAUGCAGAUAUUAACAAUCUUACAGAUACUCUGGAGAAGCGCUUUGAAAUCCUGUCUAAUUCAGUGUCAAUGAGAGCCGAACAGCUUCAAACUGCUGUUGCUCAAUCAGUCAGCGUUCAGGAGGGGCUUAAAGCACUGCUGACUUGGUUAGAUGAACUACCUUUAUCACCUGGCACAGUCCAGGCCACCGCUCAAGCAGUUCAGGAUGCCCUGACACAAAAUCAGAAAUUGCGUCAGGAGCUGCUUUCAAGGCAGGGCAGCGUGGAUGCGACUCUGGACUCUGUGUCCAAGCUUCUGAAGUCUGCAGAUGCAUCGACAGCGUCUGGCCUUCAGGGGGCACUACAGGACCUGAGUCAGCGCUACACAGCAGCCCAGGCCAAACAGGCUGAAAGAGAGACUGAGCUGCGAGGACUUUUGCCUAAAUUGGAGAGCUUUGAGCGCCAGAGUGCAGAUCUCCGCAGCUUUGUGCAGAAUCGAGAAAGGGCUCUUAGCCCAUUAGGCCAACCUGACUGCAGUGUGGAUGACUACAGACAGACCAUAGAGGAGGUGAGAUCAGAAAUUGCCCAAGAGUCAAAUCAAUUAGAGUCAUUUGUCGAGCUUGGUUCAGACCUAAGCCAGUCUGGGAUCCUUGCCAAUGUACAAAGCCUUCUGGACACAACCAAAGAGGUUUCUGACGGCUUUGCACACUUGGAAUCCAGUGUCAAUGAGAGAUUUGAUUCCAUCCAGAGCUGCGUCCAGCAGCUGGCAGAGUUCCGCUCUCGCUCUGGCUCCCUCCUCAGGUGGCUGCAGGCAGCACAAGAACAACUUCCUGCCAAAGAGCCCAAUCUAAGCACAGAAAGCCUGCAGAGAAGAGCACAGCAGCUUAAAGAUCUACUCACAGAAUGGGAGACCCAAGGAAGCCAAGUUCUGGAGUUGAACAAGACCAGCUCUCAACUUGAGAAUUUGAUUAUUAACAUCACAUCCCCCAAGAACAAGGCUGGUGUUUCCCAGCUCAAUGGUGCUACCAGCCCAAACAGUGUUAAUGGCAUUCACACCUGUAAAGACUUGACUGAGAUCCAGGUGGCAGUGGCAGAUGUGAACUGCAAGUAUGAGCAGCUGGGCAGUGACCUGAAGGAAAGGAAGGGUAGGCAAGAGGCCUCUCUUGACCUGCGGCAGAAGGCCAGGCAGGGCUCUGAGGCACUCAUCCAGUGGCUGAGCCCCCGUGAACAGAGCCUGGCACAAGGACAGACCGCCUCACCUUCUCGGCCAGAGGUGGCGCGUGCUCAAGCCCAAGAAACUAAGGUUUUGCUUACUGAACUUGCCGAGCAUUCUGGGAAAGUGGAGGAUCUGAAGAACAUUCUCAAGCAGCUGAUAACAGAUAAUCCAGACUCUCCUGAAGCUGAGACAUGGAAACGUCAGCUUGAAGACAUAGACUCACGGUGGACGAAGGCCAAUCAGACGGCAGCACAGAAGCAGACUGAACUGGAGGUGUGUGCUGAUAGACUUGGUAGUUUUGCUACAGCAGCCGGUCAGCUGGGACCAUGGCUACGAGAAAAAGAGCUGAUGAUGAGUGUAUUAGGCCCACUGAGUAUUGACCCCAACAUGCUCAACACACAGAAACAGCAAGUGCAGUUCAUGCUACGUGAGUUUGAGACUCGGCAACCCCAGUUUGAUCAGCUGACUCGGGCAGCGGAGGGAAUCCUCUCCCCAACUGGAGACGAGGGUUCUAGAGAUGGACAGGACUUAGAGGACGUGAGGCAGGAGCUGGCAGACAUUUCACAGCAGUGGGAAGACCUCACCUCUCGUCUCACCGGCCGCUCACAGCAGAUCGACCAGGCACAGGGAACCAGCGAGCGCUACCUGGCCCUGCUCAGGGAGCUGUCUCAGAGCGUGGCUGAUCUAGGUGAGAGGCUGGAUGCGCAGGCCUCUCUAAGCGCUCAGCCUGAAGCCCUGCGCCGUAGGCUUCAGGAAACUGGAGAGAUCCGUGCUGAGCUGGAACAGAGACGGGGUCAACUGGCCCAGGCUGAGCAGCUGUGUUUGGAGCUCAGCACAAUUGUGGCUGAACCAUAUCUCAGAGACGAGUUGCACAAGAGAUUGGAGAGUGUGAGCGGGCCACUCAAAAACUUAGAAGAACGGGCAGCUGAUGGCUUGUCCCAGCUGCAGGCCGCCCUGUCCAGCACUCAGCAAUUCCAGCAGAUGUUUGACGAGCUCCGUGGCUGGUUGGACGAGCAGGCUGGGAAUCACACAGCUGGGGUUUCUGACGCCCUUCCUUGCCAACCUAAAGCUCUAAAGACACUUUUGGCCCAACAAGAGGAUCUCCAGCGAGCCAUAGCACAACAACGUGGAUCCUAUGAGCUCAUCCAGGCUGAGGGGACAUCUUUGCUAGCAUCCCUCCCUGCCGGAGAUGAGCGAUUAGCCCUACAGACGCGAUUAAACACCAUAAGGCAAGACUGGGAGGGCAUGAACCAACAAACCUCGAAUAAACACGGUCGAAUAAAAGAGACACUGUCCCGUGCUGAGCUGUACCAACAACAUCGCAAUGAGCUUGCACCUUGGGUUGCAGAAUGUGAGGAAAGGGAGGCAGAGAUCCACCCAUCACUGGAUCCCUCCGCCUUAGACGAGGCUUUGCAAAAGGCUAGACAGUUGAGCCUAGACUUGGAUCGUCGUUGCCGCCUCUUAGAUUCUCUGAACAAGGCAGCAGAUCAGCUGCUGGAGCAGAGCUGUACUGGUGAAGAGGAAGUGAUGGAUGAAAAAGCCCAGCUUAAUCGCAGGAUAGAUGGUCUUUCUGAACGACUACAGGGAUGCACGGGUCAGUUAGAGGAGCUGGGAAGCAGACUGAAGGAGUUUGAAGAUGGGAGACUGGCUGUGGAGAGAAGACUCGAGGCAGCCAGGCAUCAGAUCGAGGUUCAGGAGGCGCUUGGGCCGCAAGCUUGUAGCAACAAAAGCCUGGAGCGGCUUCGUAACCAACAAGAACUCUUAAACUCUGUACAGCCACAGGUGGUGUACCUGCGAAAUCUGGCUCAGGGGCUGCUGCAGGAUGCGCCCGAGAUCUCCAGGGCCGGCGAAGACGGUGGCCAGAGGCUUUUGCAGCAAGCUCGUGAUACGGAAAAAGAGUUUGAAGACGUUACUGAGAAGACAGAGCAAUGCUGCUUAUCCUUGGAGUCCCGGCUGCAAGGUGUGGGAGAAGUCCAGUCACGUGUUCGGGAUGUUUUCUCCCGCCUGGCUGAUUUGGACGACGAGUUGGACAGCCUUAGUCCUGUGGGACGGGAUACUGACUCCUUGGCCUCACAGGCUGAUGCUGUUAGGGGCUUCCUGAGUCGACUGGGUGCCCUCCGUGCCGAGCUAGAGAGUCAUGGUGGAGAAUGCACGACUAUGCUGCGUAGAGAGGGAAGCUCUCCUGAUCUUCUGGCCCUCAGGAGAGAGACUGAAGCACUAAGCAGACAGGCAGGCAAGCUGGCAGAGCGGGGCCAGAACCGUCUGGCACUCAUAGAAGCCGCAGAAGAGCGAAUGAAGGAGUUCUACGCCCGUCUAGCUGACCUACAAGGGUUGCUGGGACGGGCAGAGGAUGUGCUGAACACACAGGCCGUCGUGGGGACAGAAGUGGAGGUCAUCAAACAGCAGCUGCAGGAAUUCAAGGCCGUAGAAAGGGAGCAGAUAGACAGCAUUCAGCCUAAACUGCAACAUGUCAACGCUGUGGGUCAAGGUCUUAUCCAGAGUGCAGCAAAACACACUGACACUCAGGGCCUGGAACAUGACUUGGAGACCACAAACCUGCACUGGAACUCCCUCAACAAGAGGGUUGCUGAAAGAAUCGCACAGCUGCAGGAGGCCCUGUUGCAUUGUGGGAAGUUCCAAGAUGCUCUAGAGCCACUCUUGAGCUGGCUUAGUGACACAGAGGAGCUCAUAGCCAAUCAGAAACCUCCAUCUGCUGAGUACCGGGUGGUCAAGGCACAAAUUCAGGAGCAGAAGCUGCUGCAACGGUUACUGGAUGACCGCCUUGGGACGGUAGAAAUGAUCAGGGCAGAAGGAGAGCGAAUCGCUGCUACGGCUGAGACACAAGACAGAGACAAAAUCCAGAAACAACUUAAGAGCCUAGGAGAGAGAUGGACAAAUCUGCUGGAAAAGGCCAGUGCCAGGCAGCGGCAGCUAGAGGAGCUGCAGGUGUUAGCGCAGCAGUUUCACGAGGCAGUGGAGCCGCUCAGUGAGUGGUUGAGUGCGACAGAGAGACGCCUGAGCUCCGCUGAGCCAAUGGGAACCCAGACCUCCAAAAUCACACAGCAGAUUGUAAGACACAAGGCUCUCCAAGAGGAAGUAUCCUCUCGGGAGAAUGAUGUAAACCAUCUCGAGACCCUCAGUCAAUCACUGCACCCGCUCAGCUGUGUGGCUGAUCGUGAUUUGCUGGGUGAACGUGUGGCGGCAGUGCGCAACGGGCACACAGGGCUACAUGAUUGGUGCAGUCGGAGAGAGGCCAUGCUGGAGCAGGCUCUGGCCAAUGCACAGCUAUUUGGAGAAGAAGAAGUGGAAGUCCUUAACUGGCUAGCUGAGGUGGCGCAGAGACUGGCUGAGGUCUCAGUGCAGAGUUAUCAGCCGGAGCUACUAGAGCAGCAACACAAACACACACUGGCUCUUAAUGAAGAGAUUAUCAGCAGGAAGAAGACAGUGGACCAAGCCAUUAAGAAUGGACAGGCUCUGCUCAAGCAAACUACUGGUGAGGAGGUACUGUUGAUUCAAGAAAAGCUAGAUGGCAUCAAAAGCCGCUAUGCAGAAAUGACAUCAGGCAGCAGCAAGGCCCUCCGUACUCUCGAACAGGCCCUUCAGUUGGCCACGCGAUUUGCUAGCUCGCACGAUGACAUCAGCCAGUGGUUGGAUAGCGUGGAGGCGGAGCUUAACAUUGACCCAGACACAACACCAGCCUAUCAGGACAGACAGAGGGAGCUGAAGUGCGUGUCUGCUGAGAAGAGGUUAGUUCUGGACACAGUGAAUGAGGUAGGCAGUGCUUUACUGGAUCUGGUGCCCUGGCGUGCACGGGAAGGUCUGGACCGCCUGGUCGCCGAUGCCAAUCAGCGCUACCGCCAAGCAGAUGAGACCAUCACACAGAGAGUGCAGUUAGUGCAGGCUGCCAUCCAAAGGUCACAGCAGUAUGAGGAGGCAGUUGAUGCAGAGCUGACCUGGGUCGGAGAGACCGAGAGGAAGCUGGCAUCUCUAGGACCUCUGAGUCUGGAGCCUGAUGUGACUGUGGCACAGCUCCAGGUGCAGAGGGCCUUUAACAUCGAUAUCAUCCGUCACAAAGAUACUGUGGACCAACUCCUUAAGACACGAGAGGAUAUCCUGGAGAGCUGCAGUGAACAGCAGAGAGAGGCUCUGAAGGUGAAGACAGACUCUUUAAGUGCUCGUUAUGAAGCAGUAAAUCAGAGUCAUGCUGAGCGCUUCUCAGCUCUAGAGCAGGCUCAGGUCCUGGUAGCACGGUUCUGGGAGACGUAUGAGGAACUUGAACCCUGGCUGGGUGAGACCGAGACUCUGAUUAUCCAGCAACCCCCUCCCGCCAUUGACACAGAAGCGCUCCGACAACAGCAAGACCAGAUGAGGCUUUUGAGAGAGUCCAUCGCUGAGCACAAGCCUCACAUUGAUAAACUGCUAAAGAUCGGUCCACAGCUGGCAGAACUCAGUGCCCAGGAAGGGGCAACAUUGAGACAACGUUAUAAUGAAGCAGAGAGGCGUUACCUCAACAUCAAAGAGGAGGUCAAAAGUCGAGCCAGGGUGCUGGAUGAAGCAGUGUCACAGUCUGUCCAGCUGGUAGAGUUCCACGAUAAGAUGGACCCUCUUUUGGAGACUCUGGAAGGAGCAGUUCAACGCUUGCGUCAGCCACCUCCAGUGGCGGCCGAGGUGGAGAAGAUCCGGGAGCAACUUGCGGAGCACCGUGCUACAGGACUAGAGCUGGACAAACUCCUUCCAUCUUUCAGCGCCCUGUGUGCCCGAGGAGAAGAGCUCAUCGGUCGCGCCCCACACGACGAUCCUGCUGCCCAGGCGGUGCGUUCGCGUCUCUUACGACUGCGUUCUCUGUGGGAUGAGAUCAGGCAGAGGGCAGAGGAAAGAGAAGGAAAGCUUCAGGAUGUUCUAGAUCUCUCCGGGAAGUUCUGGGCCGACAUGGCCGCUCUGCUAAGCACACUUCGUGACUCUCAGGAUAUUGUGAGAGAUCUGGAGGACCCAGGGGUGGAUCCUUCACUUAUAAAACAACAAAUAGAGGCAGCCGAGGCCAUUAAGCAAGAGACAGAUGGGCUGAGGGAAGAACUGGAGAUCGUACGAACACUUGGAGCUGACCUUAUCUUUGCCUGCGGAGAGACUGAGAAACCAGAGGUCAAGAAGACCAUCGAUGAGAUGAAUGCAGCCUGGGAAAGCUUGAACCGCACGUGGAGAGAGAGAAUGGAGAGGCUGGAAGAGGCCAUGACUGCCUCUGUACAGUACCAGGAUGCUCUUCAGGGCAUGUUUGACUACUUGGACAAUGCUGUCAUCAAACUUUGUGAGAUGCCAGCUGUAGGGACAGACCUCAGCACUGUUAAACAACAGAUCGAGGAGCUCAAGCAAUAUAAAGUGGAAGUUUACCAGCAGCAGAUUGACAUGGAGAAGCUUUGCCACCAAGGAGAGCUGCUGCUCAAGAAAGUGAAUGACCAAACAGACCGAGACAUGAUCCAAGAGCCUCUCACUGAGCUGCGCCACCUGUGGGAUAACCUGGUGGACAAAAUCACAAUCAGACAGCACAAACUGGAGGGUGCACUGUUGGCCCUAGGCCAGUUCCAGCAUGCUCUCUCUGAGCUGCAGUCCUGGCUCAGUCACACUCACGCCACACUGGACACCCAGCGACCCAUCAGCUCUGACCCCAAGGCCAUCGAAAUUGAGCUGGCUAAGCAUCAUGUUUUAAGAAACGACGUGCUGUCCCAUCGGGCUACAGUGGAGACGGUGAACAGCGCAGGCUCUGAGCUGCUAGAGUCCAGUCCUGGAGACGAAAUCAACCACCUGAGAGACCAGCUGGAUGAGCUCAACCGCAGCUGGAAGAACCUUCUGCUAAAGACUGAUGAGAGGCAGAAGCUUUUGGAAGCUGCCCUGCAACAGGCGGAGGGUUUCCAUGGAGAGUUGGAAGAGUUUCUGCUGUGGCUCAGACGCACAGAGAGUCAGCUGUCCGCUGCCAAACCCACAGGUGGCCUGCCUGAGACCGCCAGAGAGCAGCUGCAGCAACACAUGGAGCUGGAGGCUCAGUUGACCCAGAGGAGUGAGCAGUACCAUCGACUACUGGAUCAGGGAGAGUCCAUUCUGCUGGCCAGAGGAGGGGAGGAUGCUGGACCUGGGACCACCCAGACCCAGCAAAACAUGGCCAUGCUUCAGAACAAGUGGACCAGUCUCAAUACCAAAAUGGAUGACAGAAGGGAUAAACUGGAGGAAGCGGUCUCGUUGGCGACAGGGUUCCAGACCUCCCUGCAGGACACCAUAAACUGGCUGACACAGGCAGAGCAGACUCUCAACAUGGCUCAGCCACCCAGCCUCAUUCUCGACACCGUCCUAUUCCAGAUAGAUGAGCACAAGGUGUUUGUGAAUGAGGUGAACACUCACAGAGAGCAGGUUCUGGCUCUGGAGAAAGCUGGCUCUCAGCUGCGGUUUGCCAGUCUCAAACAGGAUGUGGUUCUAAUCAAGAACCUGCUGCUCAGUGUACAGGCCCGCUGGGACAAACUGGUGCAGAGAUCACUAGACCGAGGACGGCACCUGGAUGAGGCCCGCAAGAGAGCCAAACAGUUUCAUGAGGCCUGGAGGAAACUGACAGACUGGUUAGAGGAAGCAGAGAGCAGGCUGGACUCUGAGCUGGAAAUCUCUAAUGAGCCUGAAAAGAUUAAAAUCCAGCUGGCCAAACAUAAGGAGAUCCAGAAGUCUCUUGGCUCCAAGCAGCCAGUGUAUGACACCACAGUGCGCUCUGGGAAGGCCAUGAGAGACAAGGCAACAUUGCCAGCAGACACACAAAAACUGGACAACUUGUUGGGUGAGGUCCGUGACAAAUGGGACACCGUUUGUGGAAAGAGCGUGGAGAGACAACACAAGUUGGAGGAAGCCCUCUUGUUCUCAGGUCAGUUUGCUGAGGCUCUCCAGGCGCUUGUUGAUUGGCUGUAUCGUGUUGAACCUCAGCUUGCAGAGGACCAGCCUGUCCAUGGAGAUCUGGAUCUGGUUUCCAACCUAAUGGACUCACAUAAGGUCUUUCAGAAAGAGCUGGGGAAAAGGACCAGUAGUGUACAGGCUCUAAAGCGGUCUGCCCGAGAGCUGAUGGACACGGGCCGGGACGACACCGCCUGGGUCAAAGUUCAACUGCAGGAGCUCAGCAACCGCUGGGAAACAAUCUGUGCCCUGUCUGUUUCAAAACAGACUCGUCUUCAGCAGGCCCUCAAACAGGCAGAGGAGUUCCGCACAGCUGUUCAGAUGUUACUGGAGUGGCUUUCGGAGGCGGAGCAAACAUUGCGUUUCCGGGGCGUCCUGCCAGAGGAGGCAGAGACCCUGCAAGCACUACUGCACACGCACCGGGAAUUCAUGCAGACGGUGGAGGAGAAGAGAGUGGAUGUCAAUAAAGCUGCUGGCAUGGGUGAAGCCAUCCUAUCUGUGUGCCACCCAGACUGCAUCACAACCAUCAAACACUGGAUCACCAUCAUCAGAGCUCGCUUUGAAGAGGUGCUGACAUGGGCCAAACAGCACGAGCAGCGCUUGGAGACGGCCCUGACUGAAUUGCUCAACAAUGCUACACUCCUGGAGGAGCUGUUGUCAUGGCUACAGUGGGCGGAGACCACCCUGGUGCAGCGUGAUACUGAAGCACUCCCCCAGGACAUUACUCAGCUGAAGACACUGAUUACAGAGCAUCAGGUGUUUAUGGAAGAAAUGACGCGAAAACAGCCUGAUGUUGACAAAGUGACAAAGACAUACAAGAGGAAACCAGCAGAACAUCCCAGCAGCCUGUCAGAAAGGAGAGGGGCCCGAAAACAGCAGCAGCAGCAGCAGCAACAACAGCACUCAGUACAGGUGACUGGUGGUAACCCUCGCCUCACCCAGCUCUGCUCCCACUGGCAACAAGUCUGGCUGCUCGCCCUCGAUCGCCAGCGCAAGCUGAACGAUGCUCUCGACAGACUAGAGGAGCUUAAAGAGUUUGCCAACUUUGACUUUGAUGUGUGGAGGAAGAAAUACAUGCGCUGGAUGAACCACAAGAAGUCUCGAGUCAUGGACUUCUUCAGACGCAUCGACAAGGACCAGGAUGGAAAGAUCACUCGCCAAGAGUUUAUCGACGGGAUCUUGGCAUCAAAGUUCCCUACCAGCAGGCUGGAGAUGACUGCUGUUGCUGAUAUCUUUGACCGUGAUUGUGAUGGUUACAUCGACUACUAUGAAUUUGUGGCUGCUUUGCACCCUAACAAAGAUGCUUACAGACCCACAACAGACGCUGAUAAGAUCGAGGAUGAGGUCACCAGACAAGUGGCCCAGUGCAAGUGUGCCAAGAGGUUUCAAGUGGAACAGAUUGGAGAGAACAAGUACAGGUUCUUCCUUGGGAAUCAGUUCGGAGACUCACAGCAGCUGCGUCUUGUACGAAUCCUGCGCAGUACCGUCAUGGUUCGAGUUGGAGGAGGGUGGAUGGCGCUGGAUGAAUUCCUGGUGAAGAACGACCCUUGUCGAGUGCAACAUCCAGGACUUAAAAUCCUCCGUUCUGACUCCAGCAGCUCCAUAUCAUCUCGCAUAGCUCGUGGACGUACCAACCUGGAGCUUCGAGAAAAGUUCAUUCUUCCAGAGGGUCUGUCGGCCUUCCGGUCCCGUGGGCGGCGAUCCAAACCUUCGUCACGCACGGCUUCGCCCACCCGUUCAUCUUCAUCUGCAUCACACAGUGCCCACAGCUGCGCCUCUCUACCCUCCGCACCUGCAACGCCCACGGCCUCCUCAAGGUCCUCCCAAUCCCAAUCUCGUGGCUAUGCCAAGCCCUGGCUGGCACACAGUAAAACUCCAACACCAACCAAGUGCCAGUCCUGCCCAGAGCACAGCCAGACCCCUGGGCAUGAGGGAGGCUCCUCAUCUAAGCUGAAAAGACCACCUUUCCAUUCCAGCCGUGGCUCCUUAACUGGUGAGAACGGUGGAACACCAGCUGCUGCUAAACCUGGACGCACCGACACCAAACGCACCCCGUCCUCGACGAGCGGCCCAGCCAGUCGAGCGGGGAGUCGUGCUGGAAGCCGCGCCAGCAGCCGAAGGGGCAGCGACGCUUCAGACACGUCUGAGCUCAUGGAGACACGCUCCGCUUGCUCCGACACCUCAGACACCCCUCGACGGCCCGGGGCCAAACCCUCCAAAAUACCCACCAUCUCCAAGAAGACCCCCAGCCCCAAAACACCAACGGCCAAGAAAUGAAGUCGCCGACUUAUGAGUCUAUGUGACUGACUCUGAACCAGCAGGAGGAGAACACCAACACUUUCCUCUCCCAGACGAGACAUCUCUAACACCGCUACACUACCCCGAUCAAUACCUACCAUAAUGCUGCCUUAUUUGUGUUCUACAUCAUGUCCUUAAUUUGACUGACAUUUCGUUUUCUUGAAUGUGUGAGCAGACAUAUCUACACAGACACUCAGGCGGGAUGUCGCUAUUCUUCACUAUGAAUUUGCACCCGCCCGUCACUCUCCAAACCUCAUUCAUGGUUGUCACUUUGGUUGGACAAACUCGCCCUUUUCACAGGUAUGCAGACCAGUCUCACCUGGGUGUCUGUGCCACCGCAAACAAGAGGAAAUCAAUUAAAAACAGAGACGUUUUCCUCCUGGACACUUGGGACUUUUUGGACUCGUGUUUGUAUGUAUGUGUGUAUGAAUCUGUGGUUGUUCCUGUCAUGGUAAAUGAACGCAGUAAUACAGAGAGGAAGUGGAGGAGGAUACAUAUCUCUAGCCUUUCCACGGCGUGAAGACUCCUAUAGCGCACAGCACACGGGUUCCACGCGCUCGCACCGACCGUCUUCUCCGCUGUGUGUCCACACAGUCUAGUUGUGUCCUUUUGUUAAAGACGUCAUGUUACAGAGCUGUUCCACAGUAUGCAAAGAUGAUUACAAUUGUGAAUGUGUGUUUCAUGGUUAAUUAAUAAUGCUGUCAUUUUGUUUCUUUUUUAGAAUAAAGAGCUGUAUUUAUUUGUGAUUGCAAAAGAGUUAUAUCAACUCUUAAGAAUGACUAGUAUUAACACAACAGGAAUCGCUCUUGGUUUCGUUUUUGUACAUCUGCUCCUGACGUAAUGAAUUUCUCGGACUGAUCGUUUCUGAUGUUAUAACUGACCAGGAAGCUUACUGAUUCCAAUGGUGGCCUUUUUGCCGGUGACUACACACUUUAGAUGCCGUCAUCAGUGGCUUCCUUGUUGUUCUUUCGUGACGGAAGCACCCUAAAUAAUGAAUGAUGGGGGCGGCUCACGUAGCCCCCGUUAAAAACAGCGCUUUGAAUCUUGUCUUUGACAAGCUGAAGUAUAUGAAUACCUGAAGAAAGGUGAUUUUUAUUUAUUUAUUGUGUAUUUGGGAGGGAGGUGAGGGCUGUGAAAGGAUCCACCUUUUGAUUGUGUUCCUCUUUUGACAUGACUGAGAGAAACAGCAGUGCAAUUGUGUAAAAGUAAAGAAGUUAUGAUUAUAAAUCAUUUUUGUUUUCUUUUGUAUUAAAACAAUGCUUGCAGUAAAA